AUGAAGAACCAGUCAAUGGAAAUAGACUUCAUUCUCCUAGGGUUGACAGAUGACCCACAAUUGCAAAUUAUGAUUUUCCUGUUUCUAUUUUUCAACUACAUCUUGAGCCUGAUGGGAAACUUCAUCAUCAUCCUCCUCACCCUGCUGGAUCCCCAGCUCAAGACUCCAAUGUAUUUCUUCCUUCGAAAUUUCUCCUUCUUAGAGAUUUCAUUCACAACUGCCUGCAUUCCACGAUUCUUGAUAAGCCUUCUAACUGGAGACAAAACAAUUUCCUACAAUGGUUGUGCAACACAAUUAUUCUUUUUUCUUCUAUUAGGAGCUACAGAAUUUUACCUUCUGGCUGCCAUGUCCUAUGACUGCUAUGUUGCCAUCUGCAAACCAUUGCAUUACCCAGUCAUUAUGAACAGCAGAGUGUGCUAUCAGCUUGUACUCAGCUCUUGGGUUACUGGCUUCCUAAUUAUAUUUCCUCCUUUGGUCUGGGGACUUAAGCUGGAUUUCUGUGCUUCCAAAAUAAUUGAUCACUUCCUCUGUGACACUUCUAUCCUGCAGCUCUCUUGCACCGAUACACGUCUCCUAGAAUUGAUGGCUUUUGUCUUAGCUGUGGUGACACUUGUAGUCACUUUGCUGUUGGUGGUCCUCUCCUACAUGUACAUCAUCAAAACCAUUCUAAAACUCCCUUCUGUUCAACAACGAACAAAGGCCUUUUCCACCUGUUCCUCACAUAUGGUUGUUGUGUCCAUCACUUAUGGGAGCUGCAUUUUUACAUAUAUGAAGCCAUCAGCAAAGGAAAGGGUGAUUUUAACUAAAGGUGUAGCUGUGCUCAAUACCUCUGUUGCUCCUUUACUGAACCCCUUCAUUUACACCCUAAGGAACCAGCAGGUGAAAGAAGUUCUCAAGGAUGUGCUUCAAAGGUUUUGUCAUUUUCAAACCAAUGAGACCAAAUGUAGAUAUAAAUAA